AUGGAAUCGACCAAAAUGUCAGACAUGACAAAGCUCCACCAAGCUGUGGCUGUUGGGGAUUACAGUUUAGUGAAAAAGAUUUUGAAGAAAGGUCUCUGUGACCCAAACUACAAGGAUGUGGACUGGAAUGACCGAACUCCACUUCACUGGGCUGCAAUCAAAGGGCAUGUGGAGGUGAUGCAGCUCCUUAUAGAAUACGGAGCCAGGCCCUGCCUGGUGACUGAUGUGGGCUGGACCCCAGCUCACUUUGCAGCUGAGUCAGGCCAUGUGAGUGUGCUCAAAGUUCUCCAUGCAUUGCAUGCAGCCAUCGACGCCCCCGACUUCUUUGGAGACACGCCGAAGAGGAUCGCACAGAUCUAUGGGCAGACCGCCUGUGUGGCGUUUCUGGAGAAGGCCGAGCCCGAGUGCCAGGACCAUCGCCGCACUGCCAGGCAGAAGGGGCUGCCUCUGGACCAGAGGGACGAAGACUGGGAUGCCAAGAAAAGGGAGCUGGAGCUGUCUCUUCCCUCCUCGAAUCAAAAAACUAAUAAGAAAAAGAUUAAAAAAAUCCGAGGCCCAACCAGGCUGAGCCAUCCCAAGGAGAGGAGAAUGUGAGGACAGUGUUGGUGGCUCUGGCACCCAUGUUUUCUGCGGAAAUAGCUUUCCCUGGCACCAGACUAGGAGUGGUUAGAUCUGUGCUGUCUUUACAUGAUUCUAGAGACCAUUCUG